AUGAACCUCCCCAAGCUUGAAUACUUGGGUCCACUGCUUGUCUUCAAAAUCAGUGGUGCGGGAUUCGUCGAUGAGUAUCUUCUAACUAUCACAGAGAUUCGAGUUUUUCAGACAGUCGAUCACAAUACAACGAAGGAUCAAUGCGAGGAGUAUAAUCUCAUGGCAGCGCUCAUCACCGAUUCUUACAUCCAAGGACCUUCAAGCAUCUUUGACAACACCAUUAGCAGUCCAUUCACCUGUGACAACAAGAUUGAUAGUGUAUCCCAAGUUUCACCGUCUCAAAGCUUCUCAGGCAUCAAUGUCGCGGAGAUGGAGAUGCUUGGCCAUGUUGCGUGA